GUGAGUGUGAGCUCCACCACAGAACCCAGCAAUUUUAAGGUAGGCCAGUCUGUUCCGAACAGAGAUCAAGCAAGAGAUGGCGACGAUGUUGGGUUUGAGCUUGGUCAUGGUGUGCUUGGCGGCGUUCGCCGUCGUGCAGUCCAGCUCGCAACCGGUGGUCGUGAGCUCGGCAAGCCGCAACACGGUCCAGAAGUGCACCAACACCAAGACGAAUAGGACCACUUGCACGGCCACCUGCCCCAACCGAUGCCCUCGCAAGUGCGUCGUCCAGUGCCCGGUCUGCAAGACGUUCUGUCUUUGUGACUUCUACCCCGGUGUGUCGUGCGGCGACCCGCGCUUCACCGGCGCUGACGGCAACAACUUCUACUUCCACGGCAAGAAGGACCAGGACUUCUGCAUCGUCUCCGACGCCAACCUGCACAUCAACGCCCACUUCAUCGGCAAGCGCAAUCCCGCCAUGAACCGUGACUUCACCUGGAUCCAGGCUCUCGGCAUCCUCUUUGCCCACCACCGCCUCUCCGUCGGCGCCGUCAAGACAGCCAAGUGGAACGCGGCCGCCGACCAUCUCAGCAUCGCGUUCGACGACGAGGACGUUACCCUGCCCGCCUUUGUCGGUGCCAGGUGGGUGCCGGCCACCGUGCCGGCGCUGUCCAUCACGAGGACGGCGCAGGUGAACACCGUCGUGGUUGAGCUCAAGGGCGCCUUCCGCAUCAUGGCCAAUGUGGUGCCCAUCACGGCGGAGGACUCGCGGAUCCACAACUACGGCGUCACGGAGGAUGACAGCCUCGCACACCUCGACCUCGGCUUCAAGUUCUACGACCUCACCGACGACGUGCACGGCGUCCUCGGCCAGACGUACCGCGCCGACUACGUCAACAAACUCGACGUCAGCUCCAAAAUGCCGGUCAUGGGCGGCGCGCCCAACUACCUGUCCUCCGACUUGUUCUCGACGGACUGUGCCGUCGCACGGUUUGGUGGCCGCGGCGGCGGCGCAGGCGUUGGAGGACCCGGCAUUGCGAUGGUCACCAACACGGAAUAAGUCUAGAUCGAUCGAUCAUGCGGCUGGCAUUUACGCAGGAAUAAUCCCCUAUUACAUACCAUCAACAUACUAUACACUUGCAUGUGUUGAAUAUUCAUCGAUGACGGUUUGAUGAAACGAGAAAUAAGGCGUACGUAAACCGAUUGAGUUUAUGAUUGCGCACGUUCACUCCUUAUGUAUAAAUGGUGUUGUUGUAUUAACAGUGCACAAAUUUACAAGCCCGGCCGAAUGCACUCCAAAUUGAUUUAAUUUGCACGAAUGGUUUGGUAUUAUUUCUCACCUUCUGAAUUUAAAUAAGAUCCAAUUGUAUUCGAUCAGGGUUUUA